UGGAACACUGUCCCUUUAAAACUGCAGUGAACGAGUGAAGGGAACAGUUUAUUGUGCAGAAAAGUAGUUGGACCUUUUCUCCCGAUAAUAAACAGCAUUAGGUAGACAUGGCGGACAUACGAAAAGUUCACUCUGCGAGAUAUACUCAGAAUAACGCAAAAGAUAAUGUUUCGCUAGGAGAAGGCAGUGGCAAAUCUGUGUUAUUUCUGAAGUUAUUUGCUGCAGUUUGCUACGGGAUCUCUUCUUUUGUCAUUGUUGUCAUUAACAAGAGUGUUCUUACUAAUUACAGAUUUCCUUCCUCUUUAGCAGUGGGAAUUGGCCAGAUGUUUGCAACUGUUGUUGUGCUGCGAGCAGCAAAAUCAUUACAUGUGGUUGAUUUCCCAGAUUUUGAUUGGCAUGUACCUCAUAAGGUAUUUCCACUUCCCUUUCUGUACGUGGGGAAUCAGUUAACAGGCCUGUUUGGAACAAAACAACUGAAUCUGCCAAUGUUUACUGUGCUCAGGCGAUUCUCCAUUUUAUUCACAAUGCUGUUUGAGGGUUACCUCCUGAAAAAGACGUAUUCAUGGUCCAUAAAGGCAACCGUAUUCACCAUGAUCCUGGGAGCUUUUAUUGCUGCAAGCACAGAUUUAGCUUUUGACCUCCAUGGAUAUGUGUUCAUUACACUUAACAACAUUCUGACUGCUGCAAAUGGGGCUUAUAUGAAACAAAAAUUGGACUCCAAGGAACUUGGAAAAUAUGGGCUGCUGUAUUACAAUGCUUUAUUCAUGAUUAUUCCCACUAUGAUUUUAGCAUACUUAACUGGAGACAUUCAGAAAACUUUGGAGUAUGAUGGUUGGACCGACGUUUUCUUUGUGAUUCAGUUUGUGUUGUCUUGUGUCAUGGGGUUUAUACUCAUGUACUCAAUUAUGAUAUGCACACAUUAUAACUCCGCUUUGACGACUACAAUUGUUGGCUGCAUCAAGAAUAUCUUAGUGACAUACAUCGGGAUGGUGUUUGGUGGAGAUUACAUCUUUACUUGGGUUAACUUUAUCGGCCUAAACAUCAGCAUUGCUGGCAGUCUUGUGUACUCGCACAUCACGUUCACUAAGGAACAAAAAAAAACAAGUUGAUGGAACAAUAGGAGAAUGUUGAUAAUACUCAUGGGAGUCAAGAACCCAGUCCGUCUCAUUUCACAGCGCCUUGAGCUGAACUGUGACCAGCAAUCUUUUCAGCAACUUUGGUACUUUUCAUUAACCAGUUUCUGUUGCCAUGGUAACUGACUUGCUGAACUUCUUUCUUUUUUUUUUUUUACAUUUAAUAAUGUUGAUU